GGUCUGGUUUGGCAGCGUCGACGCGAGUCCUGCGAUCCUUACGUUUCGGCGUUCACGAGCGGUCCACUUCAGGUCCCACGUGUGACCCCCGUAAUUAGAUCAACUUGCGCUGGCCCGAAAAUGUUACAAACGAAAUAAUUUACCUCGUUCGAUCAUAUAAAGGUGUUAAUAAAUCACUGUGACGUGAUGUUAGUCGUCGUUGAGUGCUGCUGAUAAAUGAGGAGGAUGUCUCUCUUAUACUCCAGCGAAUCCCCCAGUCCCGUAACGCUCUGCCUAAAUGGUAGCACUACAGAUUGCUCUCCUUGUAUGUGGAGCAAUCUUUCUUCGAUUCCAGCGCCCAUGCUGGGAACGGUUCCCAUUUCAGAAGACCCACGCAUCGAAGUUUUAAGACUCUAUUCCUACGGAGUGGCUUUACCUUCCAUUUGCCUGCUAGGCAUUGUGGGGAACAUUUUCAAUCUAAUUGUGCUAACUAGGAGAAAUAUGCGAGGCACUGCUUAUAUCUACAUGAGAGGCUAUUCGGCGGCGGCUUUGUUAGCCAUCCUGUUCGCUCUGCCGUUCGCCUGGCGAGUGCUCGUCCACCGCGAGCAGGGUCAUUGGGAGCAGCCCUUGUCGGCCUUUUACUUCGCCCAUUUGGAGCUGUUCCUCGGGAACGGGUGCCUGGGAGUGGGAGUCCUGAUGCUGCUCGCCCUCACUCUGGAACGUUACGUCAGCGUGUGUCACCCGGGGCACGCCCGUCCCAUCCUGGGCUCGCCGCGGCGGGCGGUGGUCCUCAUUCCCAUUGUCACGUUCAUCUUGUACUUCCCUGCGGCCUUUCGCAGCAAAGUCACCAUGUGCCGUUUAUUGCCGGACAGCGUCAUUAUUUACCAGAGACAAGAACUCACCAGUCUGGUGGAACAUCCCCUUUACAGCAUCUACAAGGUGCUGCUAGAGUUCAUUUUCAAGGUGAUUCCGAUUAUCCUGUUGGCGGCACUGAAUCUGCGGAUUUUGAUUGUGUAUCGACGAUCAUGCGAGAAAAGGAGGAGGAUGACGUUGAGUAGGACUGCUUCGGGGGAAGAGGAUCCGCGCAAGUUUGCCGAAGAAAGACGGCUGGUGCUUCUGUUGGGGUCUACGAGUAUCUUGUUUCUGGUUUGCAUUACUCCGAUGGUUAUACUCAAUGUGACGUUGUCUCAGAAUAAUUUAACCAAGUAUCCAUAUCAGGUAUUCCGUGCUAUCGCCAAUCUGUUAGAAAUAACAAACUACUCAAUCACCUUCUACAUCUACUGCCUCUUCUCCGAAGAUUUCCGCAACACCCUACUCCGAACUCUACGAUUAUCGGGAGGAACCCCAGCAAGAGGAAUAGUCAAACCUCCUCCGCCCACAGCAACGACCACCAUAACGCACCCACGCAGUGUUUGAUACAAGUCCAGCAGACCGAUGGCAACGUUGGUCUAGUCGAAGUUUGCAAAAAAUAAACGAGAUCAAUUAUUUUUUACUCCUGGUGCUAUUUAAAAUCCAUGACUAUAAUAAACUGCCGAAACAAUUGGCCUAAAGAAAUCGUAGUACUUAUGGCAUCGUGCAUUCCGAAAACAGAUUGUUGAACAGAAGAGGCCUCGACAUGCAAGUUUACUAUGCAUAUUUUUGUACAGACCCAAUUUUUACUAGCAUAAGUAAAAAUCUGUGUUAACAUGUCUGUGAAAAUUUGAUCACGUGUGCUAAUGUCAGGUCUCAGUUAUUCUGAUAAGCAGCUGUGAUAUGAGGGCAUCAGGUUGAACGUUUGUUAAUUCAACACUCACUGCCCAUGUACUUAAAAUUCCAUAACUAAACGGGUUUUUUCCUAAGUCGUACUUACAUAUGUAGACAUAGAUGUAUACCACGAAGCGGAAGUGCAACAAUUUUUGGAUGAUGCUUUAGAGAAGAAAUUUAAUGUGACCAAUGUUGCAGUUUUGCAUGAAAUGUCAGAUUUUUACAGUGUGCAUAACGUCAAGCUCAAGUGUGAUGUAAUAUUUAUAAACUCCUGUUAUCUUACAAUAAACUUUUUAAUAAAAUAUUAUUCCCAUCAAUAAUUGUGAUUAUUAACCAAAAAAACAAAUGUUAUUAGUGUCUGAAGAACUCCAUUUGACCACUACGGAGUUUUGAUAAGAUUGAGUAUUAGUAUCGCAUAACGAAAAAAAUUUUUGACAUAAAAAUUAAACAUUCUUGUCCAGACUGCACUCUAGUUUAUAGCUAUACAAUGAGUUUUCAGGAAACAUUUGUAAGUCGCCAUUUUGUUUUU